GAUCUUCGCGGCUGUGCUGGGAAUGGGCGAGGUGCGGGCGGAAGUGGAGCAGGGGAGUCUUUUAGGCGACCGACCAGCAGCGUAAACACACCAGCGUCUAGACAGAUGUCCUCCGGGCGGUAGGCGCUGUCGCAGCCUCUCGGCCACCAUGAAUCCUCUGCAGAAUGACGAUGACCCCUAUGCAGUUGAAGAGCCUAGCGACGAGGAGCCGGCUCUGAGCAGUUCUGAAGAUGAAGUGGAUAUACUUCUACAUGGAACACCUGACCAAAAACGAAAACUAAUUAGGGAAUGUCUUACUGGUGAAAGUGAAUCAUCUAGUGAAGAUGAGUUUGAAAAAGAGAUGGAAGCUGAAUUAAACUCUACUAUAAAAACAAUGGAAAACAAGUUAACCUCUCUGAAAACAGGAUCUUCCUCUGGAAGUGGAAAAGUUGGAACAGCUCUGACAAAGUACUAUGAUGAUAUAUAUUUUGAUUCUGAUUCUGAAGAUGAAGACAAAGCAACAAAGGUGACCAAGAAAAAAAAGAAGCAGCAACGCAGGAUUCCAACAAAUGAUGAAUUAUUAUAUGAUCCUGAAAAGGAUAACAGAGAUCAGGCCUGGGUUGAUGCACAGAGAAGAGGAUAUCAUAAUAUUGGAAUACAGAGGCCACAUCAACAACAGCCUGUUCCAAAUAGUGAUGCUGUCUUGAAUUGCCCUGCCUGCAUGACCACACUGUGUCUUGACUGCCAAAGGCACGAAUCAUACAAAACUCAGUAUAGAGCAAUGUUUGUGAUGAAUUGCUCUGUCAACAAAGAGGAGGUUCUAAGAUACAAAGUCCCAGAGAACAGGAAGAAAAGGCGAGGGCAUAAGAAGCUUCGGUCUAAUGAUGAAGAUGUUGCAGAGCAGGCAAAGACAGAUGUGGAAGAAACCUAUCACCCAGUGAUGUGCACUGAAUGUUCCACUGAAGUGGCAGUCUAUGACAAGGAUGAAGUCUUCCAUUUUUUCAAUGUUUUGGCAAGUCAUUCCUAAGUAUCACAGUUGGCAUUUGAUUGCCCAAUACUGUAUAAAAGAGUUAUUGCUGGGACUCGGUGCCUGCACUACAAAGCCACUACUCCUGGAGGCCAUUUUUUUCCUUUUGUUGCCCUUGUUGUUUAUCGAUGUUGUUAUUGCUGUUGUUGUUGUUGGAUAGGAUAGAGAGAAAUCAAGAGAGGAGUGGAAGACAGAGAGGGGAAGAGAAAUCGAGACACCUGCAGACCUGCUUUACUGCCUGUGAAGUGACCCCCUGCAGGUGGGGAACCGGAGGCUCCAACUGGGAUCCUUAAGCCAGUCCUUGCGCUUUUCGCCAUGUGCGCUUAACCUGCUGCACCACUGCCCAGCCCCCCCUUUCUAUCUGAGAUUAAAAGGGAGAGACAAAGAGGGAGAAGUUCUGCUAGGAGUAGUGGAAUUGCUCAUGCUGACUUUAUUCCCCCACUCCAUAGGAUGGUGUGACAGCAUCACUGCAUGUUGAUUUAUAGGAAUAUUUUGUCACAAGGGCACAUUUCCACAUUUCUCCAAGGUGAUGGUUAUGAUUAUAUGAAGUAUUAUGGGAUGCCUUGAGGAAUAUAAGUUCUUUCUGUAUUACACCAAAGCAGAGGACACUGGGAAAAGAAGUGGAGAGGGCAUUGGAGCCCUCGUGCAUGGUAGUGGAAAAGGACCAAUGUUGCGUGUGAAGAGUGUUUUUGCAGACGACUGUCAUGAGAUUGUAGCAAUACUUCAACUACUAUACUGUAAACCAUUAUCCCCCACACACAAUAAAAUGAUUUGAAAGAAGAGA